AUGGGCUGCCCCCACACAUCCACGCUAGAGGCGGCCACGGCGACCGCGCUGACGGCCGCAUUGCGGGUCUCCUUCUCGCGGGGAGGGCACGACUGGCGCGUCAUGAGCGACGCGUGCAUGAGCCUCGUUGUGCUAUACCACAUCACUGCAGAAACGACCUCCAAAAAUAGAGAAAACUGGAAACACCUUAGCGAGGAUGACAAGAACGGUGCUUCACUCCAUGCCGCGGGGGCUGAUGGUGGACGGGAGCUACAUCGACGCAAGAUGGGGUUGGCCGUUCACUACCUGAGGCUUGCAGCCUCGAUCUCGUUGGGCCACAGGCGGCUAAGUAUCGAGCUUGACAGCAUCGCGAGCGACCCACUCCCUGCUGCGGUGAUCGACAAUAUGCCAAGAUCGGCACUAGAUGAACUCGCGGGUAGAGGAGGGAGGGGGCCAGAGGACGACCCUCUUCGACUGAGCACACGUGGUCUGCUGCAGUUCCUGCGUGCUCGGGUUCACGAGAAAAGCCUGGCGGCUGCUCCGGUGGACAUGCUACCAGCCUCUGUGGUCUGCCAGAUCCACGCCCUUCUGUACCGUCACGUACCCUUGUACCGGGAGAAAUGCUGCAUCCAAGCAUCCUCGCUUCACCCACCAUCGGCGCCAGAGGCUCUAUUGUCCGCGAUCGAGAAAAAGACAAGCGCCAAGGCCAUUGCCGCUGCUGCAGAGCCGGGAGGUCCCCUGUUGGCACUCAAGGAUCGUUUCAACCUUCUUCUUCAUGACGCCGCCCAGGCCCUCCGUUCUGGACUUGUCGCACCACCUCUAACGGGACCAGAAGUAGAAAAAGAAACUGUGGAAAGCAAGGAGCCACCAGCAGCUGCGGCAGCACCGGGCUCAAGCCCGGACAAAAACGAAGUGAUGACUCUAACUGUGGAGAACGUCGAAGCCGUGGAAGGUGUUUUCAACACCGACAUCGGAGUGGACGUUGAAAACGAGCAGCUUUGCCGCUUUUUACGCUCCGCUACAACAACGACGACCAAGAUUAGUGCUUCACCCUAA